AGAAAAUUUAACUUUUUCUGUAUUUGUGGACAUACAUCUGAUUAUCUGGAUCAGCCCAGAAAUGGUCAAAUAAGAAAACAGAGCCAGUUAUUUGUUACAUCUGGGCUUGUGAGAAAACAUGUUAUUCAAUGAGCUGUUCAAAUUAAGUGAAAUAAAAAAAACUGUGAUGAUCAUGUGAAGGAGAAAAAAACAAUUGGAAACUUUGCAGUCUGCAGCUUUUGGUUCACAGAGAUUACUUUUACAUAGGUUUACCUCUAUCUAAUAUACCUAAUGAAAAAGUAAAGUGCAACAGACUACAGUUGUGAAUACUGAACUUCUAAACUUCUAAUAUCUUUUGGUCUACAGAUGGAUGCUUUAAUUUUGCAACUAACCAAACUAACCAAAGUGGAAAGCACCUUCAUGCAGCUGCAACUUACAGGGUACUUACUUACUAGUGCAAUGGUGGUCACCUUCACAUUUCACACCCGCAGUUUCCUGUUAACUAGAAUCAGACGCAGAAUUACCUUUUUUUAGAAUGUGUUAGUCUGCAUGCUCUGCAGACUUUGAUGGCUUCAGGCACCACAAGACAAAACUUUGUAGAAACUGUAUAGAGCACAGCACAACAUGGACGAACUGGCUAUAUAUGUCAAUGUAGAGAGACCUGCAGGUCAUUCCAGCACGAGAGAAAGGGAGAUGCAAAGUGCAGAAAAAAUUUAUGAAAAUAUGUUCCUCAACACUCUGGAGCCAAACAUAACUGGACCUGCGUUCUCAGAUGUUGAGGAGGUGAAGAAGAGUUCCUGCAGAGUUGCUGCAGUGGUUUUAGGUUUGCUGAGUCUUCUCCUCUUGGCUGGAGUCAUAACUCUGUUUUUCCUAUUUACCAAGAACAACUCUGAGUUGAAAAUGGAGAUGGUCCUGUUACACAACAAUCGGACAGGAGAAAAAGAACAAUAUCAGUCCAGUUACAACAAUCUGACAGAAGAAAAGGAACAAUUACAGGCCAAUUACAACAGACUGAGAAGAGAAAAAGAACAAUUUCAGUCCAGUUACGACGAUCUGACAGAAGAAAAGGAACGCUUACAGGCCAAUUACAACAGACUGAGAAGAGAAAAAGAACAAUUACAGUCCCAUUACGACGAUCUGACAAAAAAGGAAAAACAACUGCAGACAGAGAGAGAGCAACUGCAAAAAAAACUUGAAGCCCUGACCAAAGAGAAAAAUGAUCUUCAGAAAAAUACUGAUUGUCAACAAAUGUCAAGAUAACAUUAAAGAAGACCUCCAUGUCCAACACCAGAUGCCAUUUUUGAACAAAGAUGAAACAAGUGGUGACCCUUUCCCAAGCACACCCAUCCAACUGCUUCCAUGUGACCUGAUUCCCAUACUUAGGUCACAUGACAACACUCUAAUGGUUAAUAACUAAAUCCUCAUUACUUCAUGUAAUUCAGACUGAUAACAGCACUUGUGUGUAAUUUUAGACAAGUAAUAAAGUUUUCAGAAUCUCCAAUUUAAACUUUUAAACAUCAUUUCAUCAUUCUAAAAGCUUUAAUUUGAGACCUCCAGGAUUCAGAGCUAGGAACGAGCUUGUCCAGUUAGUUUUUAAAGUUAACAUGAGCGUAAAUUGCAUAGUUUGUAAAAGUUGAAUUAAAGAACGACAGGUACAAUGUAAUCAGAGGAGACUUUUGAGAAGUGUGUUAUAAUCAUAACUGAUUAAUUGCUCAGCCUCUUUCAAGAUUUAAAAGGUACAAUUUGUAAGAUUGUGCAAAAUACGGACAUCUAGUGGUUAAAAAUGGGCACCAGAGCUCAAAUUCAAAACACUGGAGCAUUACUACAGUACAUUUACAGUAGUUACAUUCAGCAUAGAUAAAUUCCUAAAAUUGUGUGAUUACAAAUUUCAAAAUAACAAAUAUAUUGAAUGCAGUAAUUUGUGAAGAACCUUUUAUUUCAGUAGAGCAUGUUUCCUUAAUCUCUGAUGACACCGCAUUUUAAUUUUAUGAUUUCAUACAGUAAAUAUUUUUUGAAUGCCAUGCUUAUAUUUGUAUAUCAACAAAUGGCUGCUUUAAAAAAAAGGAAGGACAUCAACAUCAAGCAACAGGAAUAUGUUUGUCUGAUUUAAUAGACAAUCUAAGUAGAGAUUGAACAGAAAACGUGAAAAGACAUGCUCCACUUACUUAAAUGUCCAGCAGGUGGGACUCAAGUAUUUCUUAACAGUGUCUUAGUGUCUCAUUAUAGACUAAGGUGUAACGCAGUGUUCACUGAUGUAACUGUUUGCACUCAAAUCCUCUCAGAGGAUUCAUAUAGUUUGUUCUUACUGUAUUGUGUAAGAUUUUGCAAUAUUUAGCAUGUAUAUAUAAUCUUGGAAUAAAACAGCCUCAUGCUUUGAUUGUAUAUGUCACACAAUGUUUAUUGUAUAUGUCAUCAGGCU